CUCUGCACGACUGCCUAAAUGUUGUAAGGGACUUUCCCAAACACAUCGUCAUAUCAGUACAAAUUCAGGACAAGAGGUACCAGAGCCAAAGGUUAUUAACCAGGCUAUGACGCUUUCAUUAGCAGAAAGACACUGAGUCGAGAUUAUUACAUCUGAAGAAUCGGUUGAGAAGAGAGAAAAGUUACCAGCAAAGUUACAAGAAAACAAAAUCAAAUAUCUCCGAACCCUGUCAACCUACAAAAUAUACACCAAAUGGCCUUCCAUUUCUGCAUAGACGUGUCAGACGCUGCUAGGCCAACAAUGACUGCCCCAGAUGAUAUCCCCCUAAUUCAUGUCCAGUUCCAUGGCACUGGUCGAAAUGACUUUAAAGUGGAGUAUGAAAAGCACAAAAGCACCCUGCUGACAGAAUACCUGAGAAAACGCGAUGGGCCUGACUUUCACGAAAAUCUCAUGAAGCUGACUUUUAAUAUCACGCCUGUCGAAGACACAAACAGCUUCUGCCGAAGCGUUUUGGAAAGGGGGAUAUUUUGUCGUCAACGUUCAUACUUCUACCUAGGCCACUCGGUUGAGCAGCUUGUGAAAAAAUCGUGUUACUUUAUUGCAGCAACACAUGAAGAAAUCCACGGCCUCUUGUCACAGUUUGGAGAUUUUUCUGGUGAGAAAAACCUAGCAAGACGUGCCAGGAAAAUUGCUAUGCUCUUUUCACCGUUAACCAAAACUGUGGAAUUGGCUGAAAAUGAUUACAAAGUCGAACCAGAUGUGACAGGUGGAGUUUUCUACUCGUAUACUUUCACCGAUGGAUGUGGUUUCAUGUCUCCAGAAUUUUCUUGUGAAGUGCAAAAAAUCUUAGAGCUUGACUACCAGCCUAGUGCCGUCCACGUACGCUAUCGAGGAAACGAGGGGAUGCUAGUUCUUAAAGAAGAUCUGAAAGAAGUCAAAGUGCAGUUCCACAACUCAAUGCAAAAGUUCCUGGACCCCGAUGAGAAAAAGUUCGAGGUUCUGAACUUCGUCAACGUCAUGGAACAUUCACGCCCAUACGUCAAUGGUUAUCUCAACUCUAAGAUGAUCAUGUUGCUGGAAGAACGUGGCGUGUCCGCCAAGAACCUAGAGGCCUUACAAGAUGGCUACCAUGAGUUGCUGGAGGGCAUAUGCAAAGAAACCUCUGAGCAUUUCCUGCAGUUAAAGGGAAAGUUUGAUCUUCUGAAUGAAAUCCAAGACAAAGGAAUUGACGGUGGCAUUAGAAAGCAACUUAAGCGUUUACAGAGCCGGGAGCUGGAAGAAAUGGAGAAAGCUUCGUUCACAAGAGUUCUUGUCCGCAAAUCUCGAGAAGUGUUUGCUGUGUGUGAUCCUCUCAACAAGUUGAACUAUGGUGAGUGCUACUUCAAUCCUACUCUCGGAGGUGACAAGACAGAAAGUUUUAAUGCUGGCCAGAAAUUUGUGGUGAUGCGAAACCAAUGUUACCAUCCAGGAGAUGUGCGUGUCUUGAAAAUGACCGACAAAAGAGAAGGGUACGAGAAACUGAGGGACUGUCUGGUGUUGCCCGUCAAAGGCUCACGCCCACAUGCAUUUGAAUGUUUCGGAGGUAAUGUGGGUGGAAACAAAUUCUUCGUCAGCUGGGAUCGAAGCAUCCUUCCAAGCAGAAAAGAGAAACCAUGCAACUAUUUGCCCUCCAUCGCAGCUAAAAUCUCUGCAGCUGCAGCUCACCCUGUCCUAACAGUAACUUCGAAAUUAAAGAGAACCAACCCAAGCAAAGAAGUGACAGCCCGAGAGGAAAUGGAGCAGUAUUUUGCCGCACAUUCUGAUCACAUAGUGAAAGAGAUUGAACAGGCAUAUCUGCAAUGUGCAAUGACAUCAGGCCCUUCAUCCAAACGAUGUCGACAUCUCUGCAAGAUGCUGUACCGAGCCACCACCCUAGGAGAGGGUCUUCAGAAUUUGCAGAAUGAGCUUAGGAGCAUGGAACCCGGGAGACCCUCAGGAAAGCCCAUGGGUCUACCAACUAACCACGAUCCAGAGCACGUAAAUGAAGAUUCGGAUACCAUGUAUGAGCCAAGCACAAUCAGUGAAGCUUCAAGAGAGCAAGCCAGCGCUACUAGUUCGGAUUCAAGUUUGGAUUCAGGCGAAAGUGGCUCAGGAGAUUCCUGUCGCCGUGGUGAUAAAAUAUGGAGAAAGAUCGACGAAAAAGCUAAAGAAUUUGUUCUCCGUAUGCAGCGUGAAAUGAGGAAGAGCAUCGUGUAAUUUUCAGGGAGAGAUCACGAGGGCAGUUGUCGAUAUCCGCUUCAUUGGGUGUGGCUAAUAGUAGCUGUUCACUUUUCAGAGGUUACAUCAUUGAAGUCAAGUCAAGAUCAAUCUCAAAAAUAUCAAACUAACUUUGCAAUCAUCAGAGCGACUAUUCGAUUUUAUAAGCGGUUCACCGACAACAUUAACAAGGUUAACAGUUGUAGAACGAAACACAGUGUCCGCCAAAGUUCGAGACCUGUUAAAGCGACAUUUUUAUAACUGUAAAUGACUAUAUUUUACUUUACCAUUGCUGCGUUGCGCAACCAUUUGUACGAAAAAAAAUGCGCAAAUGAUCGAAACCAUAAUUUUCCUGUAUGUUUUACACAGAUAGCUGCGCUUACACCUUCGUUGGAUGGUCACGCAUUCACCUUCGCUGGAUGGUCACGCAACAGUUUCUACUCAGCCUUUUACCAUGUGACAACACAGUUAAUGUAAAAUCUGUACUAUAAACUGUUCUUAGCUUCUUUAUAUUCUAUCAUACAGUAUUAGAGACAAUAUACAUAAGAAACUUUUCUAGAUAUUAUGACCAUACACGUGGAAAAUCGACGGGUUGAGUUAUAUGAUGAACUUAGAAUAGAACGAGUAUGUCUGUGAAUGGGUCGUGUAUGGCAAAAUCAUAAUCUAAGACAUUUGAGUUAGCCUUAAAUGUAGAAAAUAUUCAUCUUUUUACAAUUACAGCUUUCGAGUGUUGUUUUUAUA